AUGGACCAAUAUGAAGAUGUAUCAGACUGUGAAGUGGAUCACUCCUUCUUCAACAGCAAUUUUGAAGGAGAGGUUAAGAAAGAUGCAACUGCAACAGAAUCAGCCAAGACAGAAAACAAUGAACACAUACAAACAGAGGGUACAAGUUUAAGUAAGCCUGUCUUAAAGAUGGAAACCAAAGUGGUGGAGGAAAAUGCAAGUACGUCUGGUGGAACUUCAACCAAAGGUAAAAUGACACAAGAGAAGAACACGCUGACUCAAAUUCCGAAUAAAGAACACGAAGAAAAUUAUUAUAUGGAUGAAGAAGAUAGCAGUGAUGGCAGCAGAAAUCAGAAGGCUAGAUUUAAGUUAUCUAAGCUGUCUAUGACUGAUGUAACUCCUCUGUCAACACCAGAUGUCAGCCCUGUCCAGUCUUUUGAACUUGCAUCAUCUAAUGAUAAGAAGCUGAAGAUACAAAGACAAGAAAAUGUGAGCCAGGAUUUGUGUGGUGAGUUAGAGGAAUUUCUGUGCAGGGUACAAAUUGCAUCAAUAGAUCCUUCUCCAACAUUGCUCCCUUCUCCAAUUGCUACUGGUCCAGAGAGAGCAGAGUUUGACAUUGGUGCACCUGUUUUAGUCACAUGA